AUGCUCGCCCUCGCCCUCCUCUCAGCCCUAUUCGGCCUCACGGUCUUCGCCGAACUAAUAGACAUCCAAUUCCCGCACAUGCUCCUCCCUCUCAAAGAAGCUCAGCCAAACAUCGCUUUCAAAACCCAGCCCGACGCCACCGUCAGCCUCAACAGCCAAACUGGAGACGAACAAUGGACAGCCGUCAACUUCGACGUUCCCGACCACGGCAACACGCACUGCCACGUAAACUUCCACCUCAACACGAACAAGCUCAAGAGCGCGCCCGUCGGCCUCAAAGGCCAAGCCCCCUUCGCCAUCAACAUUUCCCGUAUCGAGCCCACGCUCGUCAACGGCGGUACUACUUGGAACACCAAGCCGGCUACUAUUGAGCACGUUGCGAUCUUUAUUUUGGACAAGGAUCUGGGUACCAGUGAGAUAUUUGGCAAGUGGUUCGACUGUCCGAAGGGUGUGGCGCAGUUUAUCAUUCAUCCUGCUGGUGCGAGGGAUUUGGAGGCGUACUGGUAUGAGCUCGACUACACCAUGGCUGAUGGGGGGCCGCAUGGUAUCACCCUUGAGAUGUUCGCGUAA